AUGGUAACUGACAAAGAGACCAUCACGGUUAAUACGGUGAAAAACCCUCAUGAACAGACCGUACCGUUAUUAGAAAAUGAACAAUUCAUCUAUAUCAAAGAUCAGAAACGUCACACUGGUGUGGGCCUAGCUGCUAUUUUGAGUAAACCACCAUCACUUCAAUUCGAUACUUUAGCGGAGCGUGUGAAGAAUGAAUUCAAGUUCGCGUUCCCAACCCAUAAAUUGGUGCUACUAUUACAUGGGCAUCAGUCAUUCAAGAAUGCCUUGUAUCAGCCGUUGUUGGCAGAUAAACUAAGCAAAAAUGGGUACUACGUGUUAAGAAUUGACUUCCGAGGGUUAGGUGAUUCAGAGGAUAACCGUGUUCCGGAACUCGGUAGAACAAUUCAGCAGGAUGUGGAAGAUUUGACCACUAUAUACGAAUUUGUGUCUUCUGAUGCUUGUAAAUCUCUGUUAGGCCGCGCAUUAACCUUGGAUACUAUUAUUGCGCAUUCACGCGGUGUGAUCUCGAUGUUUGAGUUCGCCAGAUCGUUCUAUGUACCUAAUCUCAUCAAUUGUUGUGGGAGAUUUGAUUCACAGGGGUUGUUACUGAAGGCUGCAAGAAGAUGUCCACAGUGGGAAGAAGAUGGAGGGUUUUACUGUAACACUUUAAGAUUUGGUAAAUGGCAAGAUGUCUGGAUUCCAAGGCAAGAAACUUUAAGUGCGGGCACUUUAGACACCUCGAAGUUUGAAGAGAUUAAUAGUGAAACUUGGAUAUUGUCUGUGUACACCGCUACGGAUCCUGUGAUUCCAAUCGCAUCUGCUGCUGGUUACAGUAAUUUGUUUGAAGGCAGACAUACUUUGGAAAUUGUCCCAAAUUGUGACCACAACUUCUAUGGAUUCCCAGAUGAUACAAAUAAAUUAAACUUACCUAUUCGUAAAGGUAAAGUCAAUUAUGGUGCCUACCUAGUUGCCUACUUGCUUGAAUACUUGAAUCCAGAAAACCAAUUACAAAGAUUCUACAAUACCCAUAAGUUGAUUAAAUCGAACGUGAACCAUGGAGAUGUCAGAAAUCGUUGGUGCUUACCUUAUGAUUUUUCACAAAUUUCCAAUUUCAGAGAUGUUGGUGGAUACGUCACUACAUCAGGUAAACAAGUUAAACCUGGUAUUAUGUACCGUUGUGCAAACCCCAAUGAGGCCACACCCGCCGCUUUGGAUUACAUGAAAUCUCAUCUUUUCAUAAAUAGAGUUUUUGAUCUGAGAGCUGUUAAUGAAGCUACUGAAGGUGGGAUUAUCCCGAAUUUCGAAGUUGAAAAUCUAUCGUUCAACAAUAACAUGACAUUGAGUCCAGAAGAAAUGGCUAAACAUUAUCAAGGUAUGUUUUUGUCUUCUUACAAUUUCCCUCAGGCGUAUGAGAUUGUUUUAGAGAACAGUCUCCCAGUUAUUCGUCGUUUUUUCGAAUACAUACUUGAGGGAAACGUCGAUGAAAAACAUGCGAUUGUUUUUCAUUGCAGUGCUGGAAAGGAUAGGACCGGGAUUUUGGGUAUGUUGAUAUUAGGGUUGGCGGGUGUUGACGCUGACACCAUUUCUCACGAUUAUGAAUUAACUAAACUCGGAUUGACUACCGAGAAAAGAUUAAUCCAAAGAAUCACCGGACGUGGUGACAAAUUCUACACAAUUCUGGGCCCCCACGGUCAUGAAAUAGCUUCUGCUUGGGGUGUUUCUCCAAAGGAAAUGGCAGCCAAUGUGCUAUCUUCAAAAUAUGAAGCAAUGCGUCUAUUCAUUGACGCAUUCUUGUUGAAAUUCGGCUCUUUUGAACUGUUUUUCUUAGAGCAACUGAAGUUUACUGAGAAAGAAGUGGAAAAGAUUAAAAUCGAACUUACUAUUUAA